AUGAAUGAUGAUGGGAAGGAUGAUGGUGAUGGUGGUGAUUGUGGCGAUGAGGUGUGGGGGUGGUGGUGGGUGGUAAUGGUGGAGCGUGAUGGUGUUGUGGGGUGGGGGUGGGGUGGCUGUAAUGGUGCUGGGGGUGGCUGUGUGGUUUGUAAGAUUUGUAGUAGUAGUGUGUUGUAG